CCAGUCGGCGGCUGGCCGUGUUCGGCGUCACAGUCGCGCCGCGAGGAGGUGGCGGAUCCACGGCAGAGCGCGGCGACAGCUGGGCCAGCCGCUGCGCAGCCAGCCACCAGCGGAGCUGCCGACCAGCUGCGCAACCAACCACCAGAGGAGCAGCCGGCCAGGCGUCAACCAGCGGGGCGGUCAGACUGUGCGACUAAGAUCAACCAGUAGAUAAGUCAGACUGCGUAAGUCGAGACUAUAGCGUGGUGACCCCCCGGCGCGACUGAAGCCGAACGUCGAAGCAGCCUCACUGUGUGCUGAGGCCGGCUGGCGGAACGGAGUAACAGUCCCACCGCCGCUGGACUAACCGGCAGGCCCGGGCCGACUUCACCGACUGCCGAGCCUAGGAGCAGUGAGCACUGCGAACACCAGAGCAGGGCGAUGGCGCGUCUGGUGACCGAGCUGGACAUCCAGCAGUUCGCCAUGGACGGCGCCGUCUGCCUGAGACGCGUCUUCUCUGAGCGCUGGGUGGACGCCGUGAGACAGGGCAUCGAGGCCAACAAGGCGGCGCCCAGCCCCUGCGCCGAGUCACUCAAGGGUGAUGACAGCGAGGGCGCCUACUUCAACGACUACUGUAACUGGGAGAAGAUUCCCCAGUUUCGAGAGUAUAUCACGGAGUCGCCGGCAGCUGAGAUCGCCGGCAGACUGAUGGAGUCCCAGGUAUCGGCCAUCUACCACGAGCACGUGCUGACGAAGGAGCCGGGCACGGUUAAAUUGACGCCGUGGCACCACGACCAGAGCUAUUACCCCAUCGACGGCACAAAGGUGUGCAGUAUCUGGAUGCCGGUAGACCCGGUGCCUCUGGAGGCGGCCAUCCAGUUUGUGCGCGGCUCGCACCUGUGGAGUUCGUGGUUCUUCCCGCGUAAGUUCGCCACUGGUCGGCGCUACCCGCCGCUCUCGGAGGGACCGGACGCCGCCGCGGGGGAAGGCGGUGCCGAAAGGGUGUACGAAGACGUGCCUGAGGAGGACAUUGAGGCCGGCAAGCACGAGCUGCUCAGCUGGGCCGUCGAGCCGGGCGACUGUUUAGUGUUCCACAUGAAAACGGUGCACGGUGCGCCCGGUAACACCUCGUUGACGACACACAGACGCGUCCUCUCCACAAGGUGGUUCGGCGAUGAUGCCGUGGUGGCCAGUCGGCCCUGGGACGUGUCACCGCCUCUGAUGGCGCCGCUGCGGCCCGGCGACCGCGCAGCCUCCGAGCACUUCCCUGUCCUCUGGCGGCGGGACCAGCAACCAGAGGUUUCGUUCAAGACCGGCAGUGUCGCUGAGGUCAUCAAAGCAGCCCGCAACUUCCAGCUCUGAGAGUUAUUGACGUUCAAGAAAAAAAAAAGAUUUUGCAAAGCUAUAGGAGGGCAUAAUCCAGUACAGUAUGUUGCUUAUUCCAUUGAAUUGGCUAUCGUUUUGCUAGCUGCGGGCCGGAGCUUAGCUAUUGUUACUUAGGAUGUCUUCCACCAGAUGUUAAAAGUCACCGCUCUAAUCAGAGUCGAGCGCCUGGAGCGAUACAUUUAUGUGUAUGGUGUAUUGUGUGUAGGCCGUAGGGUUGAGAUAACUCAACUAUGCAUGGUUUUGUCUGGUGCUGAGAUGUUGAACUGUUAUUGUUGCAUUGGGGUUUUGGCCUCCGGCGGACACUUCAGUUUUGUAAAUGGUCUCGCAACUAUCUGGUAUCUUGGGUUAAAAAGAACGUCUUGUUUAAAAGUGGACUGAUUUAUCUAUCGGUACCUUAUUUGAACUGUGACAGAAUAUAACAUAUCAAUG